AGAAAGGAGAAGUCGAGAAGAACAAGAGCUGCACACUUUUGACAAAAGCCAAGUGGCUGACCAGCCUGCAAAUGGACAGAACUAUGCCACGUGGCGUCACGACAAGCCUCAAGACCAUUCUCCGCCACCACCACCACCACUCCUCCUCCUCCUCUGCGUCUGCAUUCUCUCCAUUCCCACUUCUUCUUCAUCACUAUUACUCUCUCUCAUCAUCCACAACCCUUCUUCUCUCAUCCCUCAAUUCCGACAUGCAAAACAAAUACCCACAAGAGAGCGGGGAGGCUGUAGAGGAUCAUACCAGGAAAGGGUACAACACGGAAGCUUGUGAGUACAAACAGCCAAAACGUGUAUCAGAUCAUAUCAUCCCUCAUAUUCUCAACCUUUAUGCAUCACGGGCAACACCUCAAGAUUUUGAAAUGUACGCGCCACACGCAACCUUUGAAGAUCCGCUAAUGUGUGCGCAUGGGGUAAACCAGAUUAAGUCAGCAUUCUAUUCGCUUGCCAAGGUCUUUAGUGAAUCAAGAAUCGUGAGCUACAGUAUCGAAGAAAAUGUAAUUUCACCAGGGAAGGCGGAGAUACUGAUAGACAACAAACAAUACUACAAGUUCCUGGGAAGGGAUAUAGACUUGACAUCACUCAUCAAACUGUACACCGAGGAUGGAAAGAUUGUUCGUCAUGAAGAUCGGUGGGACAAGAAACCUUUAUGGAAUAGAGAGACGGUAAAGGCACCGUUGGUCGGGCACAUCAUCGAGGCGAGUAAACGGGCGUCCAUGUUUGCGACCCAUGCUUUGAUGAGGUUUGGAAAGGACCCAACUACAUAAACUAUGCAAACUCCCUUCACCCUUGAACUAGUGUUGUUUGUUUCUAGGCCUUAUCAUAAUCUUCUAUAGUUUUGUGAUAUGUUGAAUGAAGUAUGUGAGAGUAGCCCCUCGGGGUGUACACAGUUGUCGGGCAGAGCUACUUUGGUUGUGGUGUAACCUUAGGGUUGCAUUUUAAGGACAUUCAAGUAUCGAUGUAGCAAAUUUAGUCUAUUAUGUUUUAGAUUUUGUGUAAUUUUAUUCUAUUGUCCAUCGGAAAACUCUAUUUUUCGUUGGAACUUGAUCA